ACUAAUUGAACUAGCUAGAUGAUUUUUAAUAUCUUAUGUGGAAAUUGAAUUUUUUGAUAACAAGUAAACGACUUAUACUUGACAGAGACUAUUUUUUAUUAGAAACUCGGUAUCUAAUUGAAGAAUCGAUUAAUCUUGAGAUCAAUUUCACCGUCCACUAGCAAAGAGAAUUUGACAUCAAGAGAAUUUGAACUUGACAUUUAGAGAGGAGCACACUCUGAGAUCCUAAACCGGCACCACCAGGUCAACCUCUUUUGGAUAAGAAAUUGAGUCCUUGUACACACUCUUUAUAUGCUUGGAUAGGAAGGCUGCAUCCAUCAUUCAUAUGUUGUUGCUACAAAAAUGGAAGGCAAAGUUGCACUUCAAAAAUUCCUACAAGUUCAGGAAAGGCUAUAUGAUGAAAAUACACAUGCUUCCAUUAAAAAUACUGUAGGAAUUGGAUGUAGUGGUCUGAGUUUGAGUCUGAAUAAUAACUUAGAAGAGAUCACUCCUCAGAAUCAAGACCACCUUAUCCCCGAACUCAAAUUGGGGUGGCUGGAAAGUAAGGUAGAGGAGGUGAAGAAGGAAAAUCAAAUUUUAAGAUGUAUGUUAAAUCAAGUAAGUCAACACUAUGCACUUCUUCAAACUCAAUUCUUAAUAGCCAUGCAGCAGCAACAACAACUGUCUACAUCACCUAAUGAAAUCAAUAAAGAAGAAGCAAAAAUAUUAAAAGAGGAGGAUGGAGCAAUAGCAUCUGAAUUAGCUUCUUGUAGAAAAAAAGCUAGAGUUUCCAUUAGGGCACGUUCAGAUUUCUCAUUGAUGAGUGAUGGGUGUAGAUGGAGAAAGUAUGGACAAAAGAUAUCAAAGGUUAAUCCCCACUGUCCACGGGCCUAUUACCGUUGCAAUAUGGGAUUGGGAACAACAACACCAUGUCCCGUCCGUAAGCAGGUUCAAAGGUGUUGUGUAGAUGAGACUGUAUUCAUCACAACCUAUGAGGGGAAUCACAAUCAUUCACUUCCACAAGCAGCAAAGUUAAUGGCAAAUACAACAUCAGCAGCAUUGAGCAUGUUUCUUUCAGGUUCAACUUCAACCACUAUGUCAAAUUCAGGACUCUUCUCUUCCUCUGCCUCCACUAGCUUGACUACUUUAUAUUCAUCUGCAUCAUCAUGUCCUACUAUAACAUUGGACUUAACUCAACCCUCUACUAACUUCUUCAAAUUCCAAACACCUAUUUCUUCAAACUACCUCAAUUACCAAACCUUGCAUGGUUACACUCAACAAUCUAAUGAGGGAUUGAGUUUGUCUUCUAAGAUUUCAACCAUGAUACCCUCAGAGAAAAACCUUAGCUUGAUUGAUGGUGUGGUUGCAGCUAUAGUCAAGGAUCCUUCUAUUAAGGCAGCAUUAGAUGCAGCUGUUUCUUCACUCCCUGGAGUUGUAUUGCAACAGUGAUGCAGCAUAUAUAGAUUAGUUAAUUUAGAGUUGGUUAUAACCUAUUGUCAAUAAAUUAAGAAAUUGGAAUAUGUUUUAAUGUAUCUUGAGUAGACACA